AUGUCUCCCAAAAGAUCCUCAGGUAACAAAUACGUUUGCAAGGAGCCCGGCUGCAACAGCAAACCGUUUGCAAGAAAAGACGGUCUCAAGAGGCACAUCCGCGAAGUACACGGUACUGCUCCUGCUGUAUACGUUCCCAUGCCUUGCAAGAAGCAGAUCAAGUCGAGAAAGAACGACAAGUCCAACAUAGAACGACAUCUCUUGACAUGCAUUAUCUGCAAAGCAACUGAACUGGACAUUGCAAGCAUGCUUAACGAAGCCUUCUCAGCUAGCGUUGCAUCUGGUGCGAGUGAUUUCGUGGGUGGAAGUCUCCCGGAGGAGGCGACUCCCGGGGGUUUCUAA